AUGGACAUGCCUGCUCGUACUGCCAGCCCUCAGUCCCUGGUGACCUUUACUCCAGAUCCCAGGGUCCAGGCCCGCCUCGCCUGCAGCAGCUGGGAUUGGCCCGAGCCAGAGCGGAGAUGGCACGGGGCCCCCUCGGUCCCCAGGCCUGCGGCCACACGUGGGUGCAAACAGCCUAGACACGGCCGCCUAUGGCCUGUGCUGUGGCUGAUCCAGGCAGAGAUGGCUCCUGCCACGGAUGCAGGGGAUAUGGUGACCCCAACUGUGGACCUGGUGCUGGGUGCCUCAGCCUGCUGCCUGGCAUGCCUGUUCACCAAUCCCUUGGAAGUGGUAAAGACUCGUCUGCAGCUGCAAGGGGAGCUGCAGGCCCCAGGCACUUACCCACGGCCCUACCGGGGCCUUGUGUCUUCUGCUGCAGCCAUUGCCCGUGCAGAUGGUCUGUGGGGCCUGCAGAAGGGGCUGGCCGCUGGCCUUCUCUACCAGAGCCUCAUGAAUGGUGUCCGCUUCUACUGCUAUAGCCUGGCAUGCCAGGCUGGCUUCACCCAGCAACCAGGGGGGACUGUGGUUGCAGGUGCUGUGGCCGGGGCACUGGGAGCCUUUGUGGGAAGUCCUGCUUACCUGGUGAGUGUCUCCUCUGUGGCCCUGGGUUGGGCGGGGAAGGCUGGGAGGGGACUGUUUCCUGGGAAUAUCAGGCUCAGAUCUGGAAUCUGCCCUCGCUCAGACAACCCUUGCUCUUUUGGGGCCCAUGCCCACUUGUCUUAACCAGGAGACAGAGCAGGCUCUGCAGUAGGUAGACCCUAGUCGUCAUUUGCUUGUGAUUAGUUCUCAUAGCCUGGCAUAUGGUAGGAAUAAAAGCUUCCGCUGAGCGCGAGUUGUUGCAUCCUGAUCUGGCCACUGAAGUCCUCUGUCCUUGAGACAGUGGUAGGACAGAGGCCCAAAGAGCUACUUAAGAAACUUGAAGCCAGCCGGGCGGUGGUGGCGCACGCCUUUAAUCCCAGCACUCGGGAGGCAGAGGCAGGCGGAUCUCUGUGAGUUCGAGACCAGCCUGGUCUACAAGAGCUAGUUCCAGGACAGGCUCCAA